GAUCAUAAUAAUAUCUCCCCUUUCCUCCUAUCCUAGUCACCUCCUGCUCCGUCUCACUCUUGCUUGCCUCUCUGCGUGAUCCCGAUCUGCAGAGCUCGCCGCCGGCGAGCUAAGCCCCGGAGGCGCGCGCGUGGACGCCCCCCCCCCCCUUCUCCUCCGAGCAGCGGCCACCGGUGGCCGCCGCCGCCAUCUCGGUCUCGAAUCGAGGUGGACAGAAAAAAGUCAUCAGCUUUCUGCAUGCGAUUUGGUAGAUACUGACACGUCUUGAUUCUGCUCAAGGAAGGCAGCUGAUUGAUUGGUUGGGAGGGCAAACUAAAAGGGGUGUAAUCUUGGCCAAUUCGAUAGAAAAACACAGAGAUUUAGUGGCGAGAAUGGAUUGGCUGUCCGCGAACCUGCAGGUGAACCCUCAGGUGACUGUCCAUGGGGACUGGGUGUCAGCAGUCAUGCCGCUGAUGAAGCUGCUGUGCUUGACGGUCAUCGGCCUUGUGCUGUCCAACCCGAGGACGCAGAUCAUCCCCAAGGCCACCUUCAAGCUCCUGAGCAAGCUCGUCUUUGCGCUGUUCCUGCCAUGCCUGAUCUUUGUCCACCUUGGCCAGUCGGUCACAAUUCAGAACAUCCUCGACUGGUGGUUCAUCCCGGUCAACGUGCUCAUCAGCACGGCCAUCGGGUGCAUUCUUGGGUACAUCGUCGCGCUGAUCUGUCGCCCGCCGCCGCAGUUUUUCAGGUUCACGGUGAUCAUGACCGGAUUUGGCAACACGGGUAACCUCCCAAUCGCGAUCAUCGGGUCGGUUUGCCAUACCACGGAUCACCCCUUUGGUCCUGGAUGCCACCGCAAGGGUGUCGCUUAUGUUUCGUUUGCUCAAUGGGUCGCUGUUAUUCUUGUCUACACCUUGGUUUACCAUAUGAUGGAGCCACCGAUGCAAUUCUACGAGAUUGUAGGCGAAGGGAACGAGAUUGUGGAAGAGCCUGCACAGAUCAGCAACUACAGUAGAUCUCUGCUUCAUGAAGCGGAAUGGCCAGGGAUGGCUGACAAAGAAACGGAGCACUCAAAGACGCCAUUCAUUGCACGGGUUUUCAUGAGUAUUUCAGGCUCUUCACAGAAUACAUUUCCUGAUAUUGAUUUUGCAGAAGAGGGCACUUCUGGUGCUGGACCUAGCAGUCCAAAAUCGCUAAGGUGUUUGGCGGAGCCAAAGGUUGUAAGGAGGAUCAGGGUUGUAGCUGAGAAGACUCCAAUUCAGCAUGUUCUCCAGCCACCAACCAUCGCCUCCUUGCUCGCCAUUGUCAUCGGCAUGGUUCCUUUGUUCAAAGAUUUUGUGUUUGUGCCUGAUGCACCACUGUCGUUCUUUACAGACAGUUUGGAGAUUCUAGCUCAAGCCGUUGUACCCUCGGUGAUGUUAAUUCUAGGGGGCAUGCUUGCAGAAGGACCCAAGGAUAAUGCCUUGGGUAUCCGGACUAUCACUGGUAUAAUUGUUGCAAGGCUCCUGAUUCUCCCGUGCAUUGGCAUCGGUGUCGUCCUGCUGGCAGAUCGGUUGCAUCUGCUUGUCGAGGAAGACCACAUGUACCGCUUUGUGCUGUCGCUACAGUACUCCACCCCUAGUGCCAUCCUGCUUGGAGCGAUUGCGAGCCUCAGAGGUUAUGCUGUCAAGGAAGCAUCGGCACUUCUAUUCUGGCAGCACAUUUGUGCGGUGCUAUCUCUCUCCAUCUACCUGAUCGUAUAUUUCAGGUUGCUUACCAUUUGAAAGAUGAUGGCCGGCCGCCUUCCAAAAUUGGUUUGUAGCAUUCAUCCUCGGAAGUGAUUUCUAGGGAGAUGGGUACUUGAAUGGAUUUUCAACCACGUCUCCUUAUGGUCAAGUGUAUUUAUAGUAUAUUUAAUUUUUUUUUAGCGAUUUAUAUUUCAGAUACAUGUAGAACUUGAGAACAUGAGAUAUGUUCUUGUCGUUCAUUAGUGUCAAUAUAUUGCUGUUCGCUUGCACAUUUCUUGAUCCGAUUACAGCAUUACAGUUGCUGCUCAAAAGUUGUACAAGUACUGCUACAUUAGAAGUCAAUAUAUUGCUGUUUGAUGCAGUGAUGCUUAAAUAUACAUGCUCUUAUGGAUUAAAUGUAUGUAAUUUGUUAGUGAUUUGUAUUUCAGUUACAUGUAGAACUUGAGAACAGGAUAUAUAUGCUCUUGUUGUUCAUUAGUGUCAA